CAGCCGCGCUUGAUCAGAUUUGCAAAUAACUAGACAGGCAUUUCCUGUUCUUGGGGAAAUCUCAAUUUGCAGAAGACUUCAGAUCGAUCCUAAUUGAUGGCCCUCAAUGACAGCCCACCGGGAGAAAGAGUACGUGUGCCAGCGGGAACUUCUGAAGGGAGAUUACCAGGAGAUGUUUUCAUUGCCUGCCACCCACCUAAAGUCAAUAGUAUCAUAUUGAAAUAACAGUUGGCUCAUUUAUAUAAGCCUGGUCUGUGGAUGGAUGAAUGCAGAAUAUUGUGCGUUUUCCUUCGAACCAUUGGAUCUACUUAGUGCAAAAGAGUAAUUUGAAAACACUGGAAUACCUUUUUGAGUCAUUUUAUUCUUCGGAAGAAAGUUGACAGUAGUCCAAGACAAUUUCUUUGGUAUGCAGAGAUGGGCCGAAGAAAUUGGCACACCUUGCUGGGUAUCGUGCUUUUGUUGGUCACUGUGGGACACUGUGAACGCAGAGCAGAAUCGAGGCAGAAAGCGAGACAAUCACCUCUAGAUCUCAUUUUACAAGGCAUGAGAGACAGCAAUCACGGGGACAGGCAAAUAGCCAAACGAUACAGCACUUUAUACGCCUACGACAAAGACUACAAGCACUUCACGAAAGAAAAAGCCGCGUUUGUCCCGAGGUUGGACAAACCAAUAGAGGUUGUCCGUAGAGACCCUAAUGCAAAAGAAAAGUUCAUAAAGCAUUUUGCAGCAGGACCAAUCUCAUUCUCAUCUGAAUGCAGUAAGCAAUUUCACCGCCUCUAUUAUAACACAAGGGAUUGCUCUACACCAGCUUACUAUAAAAGAUGUGCAAGGUUACUAACAAGAUUAGCUAUGAGCCCCUUGUGUGCUCAACACUGAAUAUUUGCCACACCAAAAUCAUUUAAGAUGGAAAUGCUAUUUGCCUAGGAAGUGCCUUGAGAAUUCCCCAAGAUGGAUUUGAAUUACAGUUGAUAUGUUUUGGUUUACAGCAAUGUUUGUUAAAUUACUGAAUGCUUUUUAUUUUCAUAUGUGUGCAAAAACAUUCCACUUUUUGUGUUAAUUAAACAUAUCUUUGAUUUCUAAUAUUAUCACAUAGAAUUCAAACAAACCAAUUAUUUAUUGAACUACUUUGUAUAUAAUGAUCUGCACUGAUGAGCUAUUGUAAUCAAUACAGAAAAUCUCUGUGAUAUGACGUGAUAGCCUUUACAGGUUCUCAUUUUAUCAUUGUGGCUUAAAGAAAAUGCCAGCAGGAGACCAAGGCUAUGAAAUUCAGUAUCAUCAGUUAUUUUAACAGGAGUGCCAAAUAUAUAGUAGUAGUCUAAUUAAAAGAGAGAAAGAUAAAGUUGAGACUUCCAGAGAUAUAAAUCAUUCUUCCGUUCUUCCUUAUGUAUUAAAGAGAUCUGAGAUUCUCAAAGCUUACCGAGAUCGACUGAAAUGAAGGCACUGUAGUUACCACAAUAAAAAUUCAGUGCAUGAAGAUGUGUUCCCUUUAUACAUUCCCCAAGUGAUGUCAAUGAUUUACCCCUCUUCAGUGAUUUGUCUUCAUGCUGCUAAUUUAAAACAUUCCUCACAACAGGUAGUCAGUGUUUGAUUAUUGUAUUUUAAAUUUGAUGAUUUUUCACAAUUUGAAAUCAGCCAAGAUGAUGUGCUAAUUUUGUUUUCAAACGAUUUAUGUCAUUUGUAUUGGUCCUCUACAGUUUUGCUUAGACUUGUUUUCAUUAUUUGCACUGAUCUUGAAUGCAAUGCAAUUCCCUUUCAAUAGGAGCUGUAAAAUAAACAUUAUUCCUUACAAAAGGUAACAAAUGAUAUUGGUACGUUACUUUAGUUCUGAAGUUCUGUUGCAAUGUACUGCACAUUUAGAAUUUAAGCUCAAACCAUACUAUGCUUUGGAGUAGUAUUUUGUAGCUUUUAUGAAUUACCAAUGGUACGGGCACUAAUGUAAAAUGUUGCAAAUAGUGUAGAUAAAGCAAAGACUGGAAUACUACAGAGCAG